AUGAAAUACCUCAUCCAAUUUUCUCACUCGUACUUCCAAUUUCGCAUCCCUGAGCUAAACUCCUUGUUGGAGUUGAAUGGACUUCAACCGAGUGACUGCUACAAAAUAGAAGACUAUCACGAGGAAUCACCGUUUUUAAUCGUUUCUCUUCCCAGUGACGAUGUUGCGAAGAAGAUUGCAUCCCGAGCGGUACUCAUAAAAACGAUUCAGGAAUACUGGAUGAAUGCUCCCUCGUUUGAAAAUUUGCUAGAGCGCAUAGCAUCCGUUUCCCAAGAGUUUUUGCCAAAGUGCUCCACAAAUCAAACCUCCUGGAAACUCGACGUUGAUUCGUUCGGCAAAAGCAUCUCCUCGACCGACCAAAAGAAAUACAUCCAGUCCGUCUUGGACAAAAUCAACCUUCCAGGCCCCAUCCAGAUGAAGCAUCCCGAUCUGCUUCUCGUGCUCUCCUUCGACUGCGGCCACAUCGGCGAAGAGAUCAAGCAGGUCUACUUCGGCCGCUUCGUCGCCUCCGGACAACGCACGAUUAACCGCGAUUAUGACCUGAAACGGCGCAAAUACAUCGGUCCGACCUCCACGUGCGCGGAACUCUCCUUCCUCAUGUCCAAUCAGGUGCUCUCUCGCCCCGGCGCGGUGAUGUGGGACUGUUUCGCGGGGACGGGCUCGCUGCUGGUGGCAUCGACGGCGCAUGGCAGUCAUUGCAUCGGCACGGACAUCGAUGUGCGCGUUUUGAAGGGCAUCAAGAAGGGGAAGAAGGCGGAGUCGGUGCGAAGCAAUUUUAGCCAGUACGGAUUGCGGUUCCCCGAGUUGGUGCGCGCCGAUUUGUCCGCGUUGCCGCUGCGAUUCCGCGGGUUAAUCGACGGAAUUCUGUGCGAUCCGCCGUAUGGAAUCCGCGCGGGAGCGAGGAAAACAUGCAGCCGCGUGGGGGAGCAUCCGCCGACGGAAAUUCGCGAAGGACACAUUCCCAGGACGGAAGUGUACGAUCCGGAUGAUGUGAUCGUGGAUUUGCUGAAUGUGGCUGCGAAAACGCUCGUGCUGGGAGGAAGACUGGCUUAUUUGCUGCCGACUUUUGGAGAGCAUGGAGAGAAGGAGGUGCCCGAACACCCGUGUUUGGAGCUUGUUUCGAACUCGGAAGAGAAGCUGCAGACACAUGUGAGUCGAAGACUGGUGACGAUGAAGAAGACGGCGGAAUAUGAAGAGAACAAGGAGGAGGAAUACAAGGAAUUUUGCAGAAAGUCCAUCAAGCGGAAUAACAUUUCCUACGCGAAUCUGAAGGAGUUUGUGUACAGUAAAAAGAAGGAAGAGUGGUAUGUUUGUUUGAAUGAAUAG